AAUCCAAGAUGUUUCACUGCAGCGCACUUCCUGUUUCACUCCAAAUCCCGGCUGAGAGAUUCGUGGAUGAGGCAAUGAGGAAGUCUGUGGAAUGUGUACCAAUACAACACUGACACAUUAAAUCACACGUGUUAUUUGGCAAUAGAAGGCUUCCCCCCUGAUCGUCUUUCCUGCUAACUGCUUAACCUACUGUAUUCUUUAUUGCGUGUUUUCCGGGAAUGUAGACUCCCCGCACGAUUGAGUCAUACAGGGGGCGGCAUGUGUCGGCAGCGCACGAUCUGCUGCCCCCUCAGAAAGUAACAGACUCACUGUGCGACGAUGGCUCCUCUCUCUGUGUUCAGAGCAGCUCUUCUGGUGUCCUUUUCGGUGUUCCUGACCGUGGUGCUGGGGUUCGGACUGCCUGCUCUGCUGAACAUCGGGACCAGGAUGUUGGGAUUACCGGAGACCAGUGUGACGGAGUGCGUCGUGGGGCUGUAUUUACUUUUUGUGUUGUACAUGGCGUCACCUCGGAUUCCAAGAGGAUGUGUGGAGUCCUCUGUCGCCCCCUGCAGGUGAAGGGGAAAACUGUGUUUAUCACAGGGUGUGACACUGGAUUCGGACUUGCUCUUGCUAAACAUCUGCACAAGCUGGGCUUCACAAUCUAUGCCGGAUGUCUCCUCAAGGACAAAGGAGGAGAGGGUGCAAAGGAACUGGAAGAGUAUCAUUCAGAUCGCAUGAAGGUAGUCCAGCUGGAUGUCUGCAGCGAAGCGCAGGUGACCCAGGCUGCAGAAUAUAUCAAAGACAACCUGGAGGACGCAGACAGAGGUCUGUGGGCUGUGGUAAACAACGCUGGUGUGUCCACAUUUGGACAAGUGGAGUUCACCUCCAUGGACACCUACAAGCAAGUGUCAGAGGUCAACCUGUGGGGCACCAUCAGGGUCACCAAGGCUGUUCUGCCGAUGAUCCGCAAGGCUAAAGGUCGCGUUGUGAACAUAACCAGCAUAUUGGGCAGGAUGGGAAACACCCUGAGUUCUCCGUACUGCAUUUCCAAAUACGGCCUGGAGGCCUUUUCCGAUUGCCUUCGCUACGAGAUGAAAACCUGGGGAGUCAAAGUGUCCAUCGUGGAACCAGGGAACUUCAUAGGCGCCACCGCCAUCAUGACGCGGGAGAGCAUCGCCAUCACGGCCAACAAGCUGUGGAAGGAGGCGCCCUCGCAGCUGAAGGAGGACUAUGGGAAGGCCCACUUCGAGCUGGUCAUGGCUCACAUCCGCUCCAGCAGCAGCAGUGGACAGAAGGAUGUGGCCCCGGUACUGGAUGACAUCACCGAUGCCGUCACGUCGAAGCACCCGUACACUCGUUACCACACGAUGGAGCCGCACUGCUGGAUCCGGGUUCAGGUGAUGACCCAUCUGCCCGCCGCCAUGUCCGACUUCCUCUACAUCUAGAAGCUGUUCGUGUGCAUCUGCAGCCCAUAAUCGAACCACAGCCUCUGCACUUUAAACAUUCACUGAUCAAGACUUCAUGUUUGAACUGUUAGUCAACUAAUACCUUACCUGUUUUACAAGAUGUAUAACUUUAUAACAGCACACACUAUCAACAUCAGUCGGAUACAAAUUAAGCAUGGAUUUGUGUCAACAACAGGUGCUUUGGUCUUUAAUAACAAACUACUAUCUCCAUAUUCAGACGCCAGAAAGUUUUCAGGCUUGUGAACACUGAGUGACAAUGUGAACCCUCUUAAUGAUCAUGGUAUGUACAAUACUCCUUCCCCCCCCCACAGUGUAUGUAACUCAGAAUGUGUUUCAGGGUCAAAGUGAUUGAGUGGGACAAAUAUACUCUCAGUGUUAACUACUUAAAACAUUUACACAGUAAACAACAUAGUAAACAGAUAUACAUUUAUAUCACUGAUAUUUGUAAUCUGGCAUUAUUGGAAGCGUCCGGGCCCCCACCGACAUGGGGACGAAGGCUUCUGUUGUGUCCAGCGCCGGAACCAACCGGGGUCAGCUACUGUAAGGCCGUGGUGAGACUUUGGCUCGAAUCAGCACAAAGUUACGCAACAACAACACAGGCCUACUUUGUCUCACAUGGGCCUGAGAUCCUGGGGGGGGGGGGGGGGGGGGGAUUUAUGAGAUUAAGGGGCUAACUUGAACAAAAACAAAAAAGCCGCCCAUGUUUAGUAAUACAGAAAAGUAUUAGAAUCUAAUACGUGAAUGAUCACAGUGUUGUUUUCAAGAGUAAUCUGGAAUAAAGUUACUACAAAAUGA